AUGAUAUCCUCAACAACAACAGAAGUAGUUGAAGUGUUGUCAUCCCAAGAAGAGGUGACAUGUACAACAACAUCAACAUCAACAACAACAGAAUCUACACCAACAACAACAAAGACAACAACAGUGAAGAAGAGUUAUAAUAUUCAAUAUUUGAGACAGAUUGAUGCGGAUGAGUCGACAAAGUUGACAUUGAAUAUCUUUGAUUUCGAUGGUACUCUGUUCAGAUCGCCAGAGCCAAAUCCAGCAAUGUGGCAUACAACAAUGCUUGGUAAGCUCAAGGCAUUGGUCACCGAACCCGGUGGACUUGGUUGGUUCCAAGAGACCGUCACACUCGACCAUCCAUACGUACCCGAGGCACCAGAGCUCGACUGGUUCAACAAGAAGAUCCUCGAUGCUGCCUUGCUCUCAUCAAACACAAAGAACAACAUUACAGUUCUGUUAACUGGAAGAACUGCAUUGUAUCAAGAUAUUAUCAAGAGAAUAUUAAAGUCUGUAUCAUUGAAUAUGAAUCAUAUUGGAUUGAAGCCAAUUAGACAGGGCGACAAGCCAAUCGACACGACCUUCCAAUUCAAGGAGGAGUUUAUCACCGAGCUGUUGGAGAUGUACGGCGGACGCGUCAACAGAGUUGUAAUAUACGAGGACAGGAAGAAGCACGCCGAGAAGUUUGAGAAGCUGUUGGAGAAGCUCAGGACCACACACAACGUCGAGUCGGGCGAGGUCGUGCUGGUGCUCGAGCCGCCCAGAUACCUGACCGAGGAGCUCGAGACCGAGCUCGUCAACCGUCUCGUGACCAAGAAUGGCACGGACAAGUUCAAGAUGCGCAAGAUGGUCAGCUACACAUGCGCCCUGCUCGAUCACGACUCGCAUCACUUGGCCAAGUCAUGGUUUGAGUUGCCAGAGGGCUGGGAGCUCAAGUGCCACCAUACCACAAUGAACUUGGGUGCGCAUAACCCUGCACUCUGGAGACUCACCGACGAUGACACUGUGGUGCUCAGCGACGAGGAUAAGAAGAACAAGGUGGAGGAGUACACACAGAUGUAUGCCGUUGGACAGCAGGCGCAAUUGAAGGUUGUGGCCGUCGGUCUCUCUGGUGCAGCUUUGGCUCUUAAGGUGUCUGGCGUGCCAUCCAACAACAAGUUGGUCCACAUCACGGUUGCCCAUCAUCCACGUGCCAAGCCAGUUGAGAGCAACAACAUCAUCAACUGGACACCAAUCGAGAUGAUUGAGCAUGGUCAUGUGUUGGAGUAUGUUCCAGCCCCUGUCCCAGCACCAACUACCACCACAACAACAACAACAACCGAGGAGACACCAGCUACACCAUCCAUCCCUGCUGCUGCACCAUCCACCCCUGGCAAGCAGCCAUUCGAGUAUCCAGCCGUGUCUAUCAAGACAUUGAUUCAUAAGGAUGGACUUGUGCUCAAUGCAACAAUCAAGGAGAUUGGACCAAUCACUUAUGAGAGCGUGAAUGGUGGAAAGGACUCUGGACGUGGAGGUAACAACAGAGGCAACAACAACAACAACAAGCAAGGUUCGGCAGCUGGCAUCCCAGAUCUGUUGAAGAAGCACCAUCCAUCGUUGGACAAGAAGAACUUUAGCAAGGCCGUGCAAACUGUACGUACAUGGGUAACGGAAAAUGACAACUGUCAGGACGUUGAUAAGCUCGAGCAGUACAUUAAGGGUCUAUCAUUGAAUGAGACACCAGCAGCAGCCACCACUCAGUAA